AUGAGAAAUAAGACCUUAAAAUCCGUUCUCUUCGAUGAAAUCGUCAGUGAGGAGUCCAACGCCCUCUUCUAUGCACAUCGUAAGGAGACGUUUAAGAAGUGGUGUUUUGACAAGAGCACUUCUCCAUGUUCUUCUAAUGCACUAGCCAAAGCCGGCUUUAUCUAUUCUAGAAGCAGACGUGAUCCUGCGGCAGCAACAUGCGUAUUUUCGUUUAAAGAGAUGAUAUUUGAGAAACAGGAUGAUCCCUGGGAGGAACAUCGAGCACACGCUAAGAGUUAUAGUUUUGUUGAACUAAAUAAGCUUGACGAGGACUGGACAGUUCGCGAUUUCCUUUCGUUGUUGUCCGGUCGUAUAGCUGCUGCACAGACGAACCAUACUAGAAACGGCUAA